CUCGUGACAUUGGGUCAGUCUACCUAAAGAAAGUCGGAUGGAAUUUAGGUCUAUCUUCUUUUUUAGGGUUUGACCCUGCCGCAAAAGGUAGAAAAUCUUCUUUCUGCAUAAUAUAGAUCCUUCCACAGAUGCCAUGAAUCAAAACAAUGUAAAAUCUAUAUUCUUCUUGUCUCAUACCCAAACCAACUUCUCCAAUCUCCAGUAAAUCUUGAUAUAAAAAGCCAUUAUAUUCAGCAAUUAUGAUAUUGAAGAAUUUCAAGUUAAAGAUGUUGAAGCUAUUCAGGGAACAUGUUCUCUUCCUCGUACAAAACAAGUACGAUAUUGUCUUGGCUGCCUUCCUCUCAAUAGCAAUAUUUGCUUUCUUCAAAGCUCGGAGAAAAGUUAAUACAAUCAAUGAAGAAGACGAAAUCCCAGGGAGCCUUGGGCUGCCUUUCGUUGGUGAAACCUUCUCUUUUCUUUCAGCCACCAACAGCACAAGAGGGUGUUACGAUUUUGUCAGGCUCCGACGAAAAUGGUAUGGGAAGUGGUUCAAGAGCAGAAUGUUUGGGAAAAUCCAUGUUUUUGUCCCAAGUACAGAAGCUGCAAGAAAAGUUUUCACUAAUGAUUUUGGAGAAUUCAACAAGAGUUACAUCAAAUCAAUGGCAACUGUGGUCGGAGAGAAGAGUGUUUUUGCAGUACCACUUGAGACCCAUAAAAGGAUCAGACAUAUUCUAUCUGCUCUCUUUUCCAUGCCUUCUCUUUCUAAAUUUGUUGAGAAAUUUGAUCAAAUGAUAUCUCAGAGGUUGAACAAAUUAGAACAAACUGGGAAAAGUUUUGCAGUGCUUCCAUUCACCAUGAAGCUAACGUUAGAUUCAGUUUGCAACAUGCUGAUGAGCAUUACAGAAGAAUCCUUGCUGGAUCAGAUUCUGAGUGACUGUGCUGCUGUUUCAGAUGCUUUGCUAUCUGUUCCUCUGAUGAUUCCUGGAACCAUUUACUAUAAAGGGAUGAAAGCACGUCAAAGGCUAAUGAAGAUCUUCAAAGAGAUGAUUGACAGAAGGCGAAGUGGGAAGGAGCAGAAAGAUGAUUUUCUGCAGUACUUGUUGGAAAGACACACGUGUCCAUCUAGUGAAAAGCUGGAAGACUCAGAGAUCAUGGACAACCUGUUAACUUUGUUAGUUUCAGGACAGGUCAGCUCGGCAGCUGCUAUGAUGUGGAGUGUCAAGUUCCUAGAUGAAAACAGUGAAGUCCUGGACAAGCUCAGGGAAGAACAAUUGGAGAUAGCUAAAAAUAAGCAAGGGGGAACCUCACUUUCAAUGGAAGACAUAAACAAGAUGUCCUAUGGUUUAAAGGUUGUCAAAGAAACACUGAGGAUGUCAAAUGUUGUCUUAUGGCUUCCCAGGGUUGCACAAAAUGAUUGCACACUUGAUGGUGUUGAGAUGAAGAAAGGAUGGGUCGUAAAUGUUGAUGCAACUUGCAUACAUUUUGAUCCUGAUUUGUAUGAAGAUCCUAUGAGAUUCAACCCUUCAAGAUUUGAUGAAAUGCAAAAGCCAUAUAGCUUCUUACCAUUCGGCGCUGGACCUCGCACAUGCUUAGGAAUAGAAAUGGCAAAACUAUCAAUAUUAGUAUUUCUACACCGACUCACUGGUGGAUACGAGUGGAGAAUCGAAAAUAGAGACCCGAGCAUGGAAAGGACAACACAUGUUCCUAGACUCAGGAGUGGCUUGCCCAUAACCUUGAAGGCCUUGGCAAAGAAUGGAAAGUGAAAUGGUCUAAGGAUGUAUUGCAUUUUCAUAAUGUAUGGCCUAUUUGUAUUCCUAUUUUCAAGCUUUACUUUGCAGUAUUGAUUACAAAGAAUGGAAGGUGAAAUGGACUAAAUAGUAAAAAUAUUGAGUACAAAAUAAAUACAAAGUUCUAUUAU